AUAUAUAUUGUAAAAUACAAUACUUCCUUCACAUACGACCACAGGACGUUGAAAACAAGGCUUCCCGUUCGCUCAGCCCUAUUUAAGCAACGUACCGGCGGACUAGUAGUUAGGUGGGUGACCACUAGCGAAUCCCCGCUGUUGUAUGUUUUUGCCACAAAUUUGCUCUCUGACACUGCUCGAAUGCAGUGGCGAAUUACUGGCAGACUGUUGUUGCUUCCUGCCGAUAGCUGGCGCCCGUUACUGCAAAAAGGAUCGAGCUAGACGACAAUCCGUGUAUAGUCUUGGGGAUAGCCAUCCAUCCUCACUCGACUUUUUGAUUCAUGUAGCUACGCCAACGAUGCUUCCCAUCUACCAAAGGCCAGAACUCCAAAAACUCCUUUGCCAUGCUAUUGAUGAUUGGUAUUACUAAGGCAUCGUGAAGUCUUGUGUCAUGAAGCACAUCUUCCCAU